AUGACUAAACCAAGAUUUUUAACAGAUAUAGAAAGAGCAAAAGUGUUGGAAUUUCAAGAUAUGAUCCAUUACAGUCCCAGAUACAGUGAUGAUUCAUACGAGUAUAGACAUGUGAUGUUACCCAAGAAUAUGUUGAAAGCAAUUCCUCACGAUUACUUUAAUCAAGAAACAGGUACUUUGAGGAUAUUGACAGAAGAAGAAUGGAGAGGGUUAGGAAUCACACAAUCUUUGGGUUGGGCCCAUUACGAAACUCAUGCUCCAGAGCCUCAUAUAUUAUUAUUCAAGAGACCCUUAAAUCCCGGGCAAUAA